UUAGAAUUUAGAAAAUGGCAGAUGCCUCUCAUAUAUCGUGUGGCAGAGAUUUCUUCUCCGUCCCUGAUUUAUCACAAGCCUUGAAUUCCAGCGCUUCCGAUAAAUUCCAUUUCAUAUGUCUGCCUAUUGCCCAUCCCAGAUUCAAACGAGAGUACAUUAAACCAGUAUGUUUGAGAAGUCGGCCAUUCACCAGAUCGGACCUGCUUCUUCCUAGUCAGGAUUGGAACACACUUGUUGUUGGGAAGGUAUCGCCGUGGAUAAACACUGAUUCAAGUGACGAUGUGGAGAGAAAGAAUUCAGAACAAGCUUUGUUGCAAGAAAUUGCUUUUGCAGUUCAUCUUGGCCUGCCUGCAAUCAUGGUCAACCUGACAAAGCAGCCAUGUACGAAUCUUGCUGCUCUGAUCAACGGGAUUUGUUUUGACUCGCACGUGCAGCAGUUUUGGAUUCGAGUUCCGAUGAAAUCGCCAGCCAGCCAAGUAGACAACUCAUUGUUUGAAAAUGACAAUAAUAGAAAAAAUGAAUGUGAAAUUAAUAAUGACCCUUGGGAAUGGUGGAAUUCUUUUCGAACAUUAUGUCACAACACAAGAAAAGUCGGGCUAGCUUUAGAAAUAUGCAAGGAGCUGCCAAGAGCAAAGGAAAUAAAAAGAUGGCUUGGAGAACCAAUCCGAACUUUGAUUAUACCAACCAAAAUAUUCCUUACAAAUAAGAAAGGAUAUCCUGUCCUACCAAGACCACAUCAGCAAUUUAUAGGACAAUUAUUUAAGUUUAAUGUCCAGUUUGUUAUUUCUGGAUCAAACAAGAUGCUCGACAAAGGAAUGGUUACAUAUUAUCAGUAUAUUGAUCAUCUGUAUUUGACCAGACCACCUCUUGAUUGUUACAGUCAAUUCUCAAAAGGCUACGAAGAUUAUUUACAAUGCCCCUUGCAGCCUCUUAUGGACAACCUUGAAUCCCAAACUUACGAAGUGUUUGAAAAAGACCCGGUAAAAUACAACCAGUAUCAAGAGGCAGUUCGGCAAGCAUUGAUAGACAGAGUACCGGAAGACCAAAAGGAGUCUAUCACAACUAUUUUAAUGGUUGUUGGUGCGGGUCGUGGACCGUUAGUCAGAGCAUCUUUCGCUGCAAGUCAAGCCUGUGGCCGUGCUAUUAAAGUGUAUGCCAUUGAGAAGAACCCAAAUGCCAUUGUAACUUUGCUCACACUGAAGCAAGAGGAAUGGGGAGAUAAGGUCAUUGUCGUUUCAUCUGAUAUGAGAGACUGGACCGCUCCCGAGAAGGCAGACAUAUUGGUCAGUGAAUUGCUGGGAUCAUUUGGGGACAAUGAACUCUCCCCAGAGUGCUUGGACGGCGCUCAGCGUUACUUAAAAGAUGACGGCAUUUCAAUCCCAGAGUCCUACACGUCGUAUUUGGCCCCUCUUUCGUCAGCGAAACUUCAUUACGAAGUGUCUCAAUGCAGAGAACCGAAUAAAGGACCACAGGCUCCAUUCGAGACCCCAUACGUCGUACGUUUAUGCAAUGUCGAUAUUGUGGCUGAACCAAAACCUUGUUUUUAUUUUUCUCACCCAAAUAAAGAUGUCCCCAUAGACAACAGUCGGUCGACAGCGAUCGAUUUUGAUAUUCAGAAUACAUGCUUAAUUCACGGGUUUGCUGGAUUUUUCCGAACUGUUUUGUACAAAGAUCUUUUUUUAAGUAUAGUUCCUGCUGACCAUUCAGAAGGCAUGUUCAGCUGGUUUCCGAUAUUUUUUCCCGUUCAGCAUCCCAUAUACUUGACAGAGAACUCUUCGCUUCGAGUUCACUGUUGGCGGAAGGUGUCUCGAACGAAAAUUUGGUACGAAUGGUGCAUAUCCAAACCACAUCCCAUUCCGAUACACAAUCCUUCUGGAAGAUCAACUUUUAUAGGACUAUAACUAAACGCACACGCUUCUAGAAGAUGGGAAGAAUGCUAUUUUGCACUUGGAAAAGUGAUCUGUAGAUCGACAAUACACAUUCGAAUAACUCGAACCACAGUGCUCAAACAUACCCCCGUAACGAAAAUUAUUUAAUGCAUCAGGGAACAAUACGCGAAGCUUUUUUCUUAGUGUAUGAUACUGUAAUUUGAUGGGUCGAUCAUAACUAUGUGGUACUCUGUUUCUGAGAUGUAAAAAUUGCCGAAAUUCAGCCGAUUAAAUGCUGUUAGA